UUUUUACAAUGAUAUUUUCCGAAGUUAGUCCGAGAAGUUGCGAUUGAAUUGUUAAGUAAGAUGUUACAUGAUUUCCCUUUUUAGCGUAUCAUUUGAUGUUUCUGACACAAUGUCUUGCUAUGGAUGCGGUAGUGCAUUUAAUGCAUUUAAAAGAGAGCAUGGUUGUAAGAAUUGUGGAUUUUCCUUCUGUAUGAAAUGUAUGCCAAAUAAAUAUUCCAUACCUAAACUAAACAAUGAGAAACACAGAGUUUGCAUGAAGUGCUAUAAUAUUUUGACUGGAAAAGUGAAACCAAAAGAUGAAAAUCCUGCAAAGUAUUCUCCACCAGAAAAUUAUAGAAAGCGAAUGGCAGCAUUAGAGGAGAGAGAAGCUGGUGGUAAUAAGCCUUCACACAGCAAACAGCAUGGCAGUCACGUUGUAGGAGCCCAUAAAUCUCAACACAAGAACAUGUCCAAAGCUGACAGGGAAAUACAAGAGAGGUUAGAGAAAUUGAGGAAAGACAAAACACCUCAAGAAAUUGAAGCAUCAAAGGUGACAGCUCAAGACUUGGAAAACAGACUAGCACAGGUGAAAGGCAUGGACCCUUCUAGAUACAGCUCCAGUAAUAAACCUGUUUACCAUGCCCCGGAUAGACGUACACAACAGGAACAAAUGAAUGAUUUAUUAGAUGAAAUAAGUAGUGAAGUUGUGCUUGACUCCAGGCUUCCUGACCCUGUGCAGGAAAUUUCUUCUAGACUUGCGAAGUUGAAACAGCCAGACAAGCCUAAUAAUGUUCAAGGUCAGAGUUCAGGAGAUGAAAACAAUUUAAACAAGCCUUCAUUGAGAGAUUCUCAGUCAUUUUCUCACAAUAUUUCAACAUCAGGCCAACAAACUCCGGAUAAGAAAGGUGUUCAAGUAACUAAGGAGGAACACAGUCCUGCUACAGUAGAUAAUGCUAACAAGGAAGUGAGCCCGGAGGAUGUAAGUAGGAUCCUGAAUGAGGCUGCAAAAGAACUGGAGCAAGAUGCACAGAAAGCUCUUAGAGAUGUCCAGGAGGAUAAGGAAAUCAUGAAAAGGUUACAAGAGAUUAAACAAAAAAGAAAAGAAAGUGCAUCAGAUAUAAAUAAAGAUGAGAAUGACACUGUGUCAGGCAGUGAGAAUGAAGAAGAUGAUAUUUUGGCCCAGUCAAUCAUUCAUCAGGCAAUAGAGGAAAACAAACUGGAUGAGGCAGCUGCAAGGGAUGGUCAUGAUACUAGUAAAGUAUCUAAAGAUACGGAGAAAACUGCCAAGAAAAUUAUCAACACAGAGGAAGAGUGGUAUGACCCAGAUGAGUUGCCAUACUGUUGUAUAUGUACUGAAGAUGCCACUUUGAGGUGUUUGGGUUGUGAUAAAGAUCUUUACUGUCAGCAGUGCUUUAAGGAAGGACAUAAAGAAUUAGGAUUGACAGAUCAUGUAACAUUAAAGUACACCCCUCCUGUUGGUGAAGGGACAACAUGAAGAUACACAACAUACAUUCGCUCAUUACCCAUCUGUGAUACAUAUCUAUUUCUGCUUGGUGGAACUUUUGACCUGUUCCUCUGUAGAAGUGUAUAACAAAGCAUUUGAAUACACUAUUUUGACACUAUAUUAACAUACUUUAUACAGUGAAAAAGUGGUCAAUGGAGCUAAAACUUGACUUAAAACAUUACAUCUUUAAUAAUCUAAUAUUGGCCUUAGUCAGUAGUUGACAUAGUUUACAUAGACUGAUAUAAAAUAACACAAAAUAAUGCCAUUUCAUCAGCAAAUAUUGAAAGAAGAUGUUUGUUUGUUGUAAACAUUCCCUCUAAAUAAGAAUCAAUAUUUUGUAAUAUGUCAUUAAUGAAAAGUUGUGACAUCAAUCUUGAGCUCAGGUUCCAUUGUUUUAAUCCUGUUAAUGAGUUGUAAAGAUAUCGGACAUGUUUUAUUUACAAUAUAUAUAAUGAAUUGAUUGAAAAGCUGUGACAACAAAUCGACUUUAUAAUUUAGUAACUUUUUCUACAACCAACUUCUAUCUAUAUGGUCAAAACAUUUUUGAAAAUAACUAUGAAUAUGCUAUUUAAUACAUGUAUUUGUUUAUAAUUUGAAUUAAUUAUGGUUUGAAAAAUAAUCCAUUUUUUUGUGAAAAUACUAUUUUUGUACCUCAAUUUGGAACUUAGAUAAGUUAUUUGAUAUUAAAGAUCCUGCAACACAUUUUUUUGAUGGUUUUAUAUCAUAAAUAUAAUGCUCAAAUGAAGAUUUAUCAAUAUUGUAGUUCCAAAAAGCAUUAUUUGUAAAAAAAAUAGCUAAUUUCCAUUUCAUGCUAAUAAAGGGAGGUAAUUAGAAAUUUAUUUUAUCACAUUUUUCAAUAAGAAAUGAAUGAAUAUAUAUUUUAAUGAUUACAUAUAAUGUGGACAAAUAUUUGCAGUACAUAUUUUACAUAUUCUUUGAUGUUUGAAAAUUGUUUUAGAAGCAUAAUUAUAUACAUAUAUAAAAUUUCACUUACCAGUAAAUGCUGUAACAAUCUUAAUUACAACAUACAGGAUCUUUUAAGGACCAUUAAGCCUUAAAUAUGUUAAGAUCCUUUUUUUUCAAAAUCCUCAGGUUACUGUACAUUUAGGCUCUCAUUGAACGCUGUAAAGUGACCUACUUUUGGCUCAAAGUUCAUAUCUUUGGCUAAUACUCUGUGGAAAUUGCAUGGAGGUAAAUUAUCACCACUUUGUGCUUCAAAAUUAACUCUUUAAGGGCAUGACUGGUGACAUGUCCAGGGUCCGAACUUGACAGCAAAAGCUGCAUUUAAUGCCAUUACAGGCGGAUGGACCCUCAUUAAGCAUAGCCUACAUACAUACAUACUUUUCAAAAUCGUUUUAUUUUGGUAUCUUGUUACAGUAAAUGAGUUUACAAAAAGUUGCUCAUUUGCCAUAUAGAUAAACCAUUUUUUGUUUCUUUUGGGUUUCAGCAAUGAGUACAGUUAAAGGGAUUUAGUAUGUUGUGUGAUAAUUAAAAUGUGCUACCUUUGCCACAAGUUAUUUAACAUUUAGUGCCAUUUAUUCUGGUGAUAAGCAUAUAAUUAUUAUUUCUUGAAGCUAACUAUUUUCAGCCAAAAAAUUCUAUCUUUUGCACAAAUUAUUCAUGUGAAACUGCUUGCACUACAAUUGUUGACAACUAGAAUAGAGCAAUAAAUGAAGAAAACUUAGAGAGACUAUAUUUCUGAACUUAAUAAAAGCAUUUAAUUAAAUCAUUCAUGAAUUGUUAUUGGAACAACUACUAGAAAUGUAUAACAUGGGUGAAAAUUCAAUAUCAUGGUUGGAUCAUACUUGAGUGAUCGCUUUCAACAAGAAUGUUUAUCUGGAAAAUAUUCUGAAGCUCAGGAUAUUAAAUCUGGCAUGCUUCAAGGCUCAGUUUUAGGCCCUUUUCUUUUCACUGUUUACAUAAAUGACUUGCCUUUGCAUUUGUCACAUUUUAUAUCUGAUAUGUUUGCUGAUGACACUACCAUUACAGCAUUUGGACAUAGUAUCUAUUCUAUAUUAUAAAUCUUCAGUCUGACCUUGAUUCUUUACAACAAUGGUGUGACAGAAAUUCACUGAUUUCAAAUGCCAUCAAAAUAGAAGCUAUAUUUAUUUAACCUUCAAAUUUUAUCUAUAAUAACAUCAGCUGUAAAAAAAAACUUGAAAAUAUACAAACAUACUUUUCUGAAAUACUGGUGGCAAUCAAACACUUCCAGCUGUGCUCUAAAGUCAUACAUGUAUAUGUCUGAGAAAAAGUACAUGUCUUACUUUAAAUGUUUAUUUUUUUUUCAUUAGUUUAUAUUCUUUUUUCUUAAGCGUUUUAAAAUUGCUUUUGUAUGUUGGAAUAACUUUUGUUCAUAUUUGUUGUUAAUCAAAUUUUUUGUUUGUAACUGUAUAUAUUAUGUAAAUGUGAUAGGGAAGACUGGGCUUGCCUAAAUGUGUGCUCUUUAAAUAAAGUCUUUAUUAUUAUUAUUAUUAUAUGUUGUUGAUAGGGCAUUAAAUGCAUCAGAUCUGUUACCAAAUCUAACUAAAAUUAGAAAGUACUUCACCAAUAAAGAAAUUGUGUGUUGCAAAUUACUUUGCUUAUUUCUUUGUAAUGACAGCAGUAAAAACGACUGUUGUCCACCAUAGCUUCUCAUGAGACCUUGUGAACUGCUUAGAAAAUUCAGCAUCUAAACAAUUUGGUUUUAUUAUUGCUUAUUGAAAAAAUACAAUAAAAUAAACUUUCUUUUUAAAAAGUUU